ACGAGAGAGGAGCUCUGUGCCCGAGCUCCUCUCAGUGGUUUGCUGGGGCCCCGUUCGGCCCUAAUAGGCAGUCCGGACUCGGACCGUAGGGGAGUGGGGACCCGGGCGGUUGGGUUGGUGGUCGGCGGCUGCGGCCGCGGUGGCAUUUUUCGGCCGAUUCGGCCUGUGGGGAGGCUGGGUCGGGGGUUGACGGCGGCAGCAGCGGCGGCAUUGUGGGUGUUGGGCCGAGUCUGCGGCCACGUGGGGCAGCAGUGGCGAUCUAGCCUUCGGUGGGGGGGCGGUCCGGCCGGUAUUUGGGCUGAUUGGCCUGGAGGGGCCCCCGGGUGGGGGGAUUGUUCUAGGCUGCUGGUUGCUUGGGCUGCGAGCCCACUAGGGGGUGCUAGGGACUCCCUGGGAGGCUGUUGCCGGGCUGACAGGCCCGGGUGAUUGACAGCUCUUACAGGCCCGGGUGAUUGACAGCUCUUAAGGCUUUUUCCCUCUGUCUCUGUUGGGCCUUCUGGGUGUGGCUGCCGGGGAGGAGUGUGGCCUAGCACUGUGGGUUGUGAUCAGUGGGAAUGCUGCUUGUUUUGGAUUAGUCGAUAUAUCUAAUUAAAAAUAAAUAGAUAGAUAUAAAAUAAUUAAGUAAAUACAUAAAUAUAUAAAUAAAUUUAUUAAUUUAAUAAAUAAAUAAAUAAAUAAAUAAAUAAAUAACCAAACCAGUAGAGACAGAAGGAGUAUUGAGCAAUUUCGUACGUAAUAAAAUCAAAUAAGGGUAGAGUGGUCAUGCCUCCCAGGAAGGCAAAAGGGAAAGCCGGGGGGAAGCCGAUCAAGCCUCCGAAGCGUCCUGCACCCCAGUCUUCAUCGUCGGAUGAGGAUGAUGGGGAAAUGACCCUCAUUAAGGGGAUGAUACAGCGGCUGGAGGCUUUGGAGCGGGCCAAGGCGCUGCCAUCAGAUAUGGGGGCAGGGCCUUCUGGUAAGGGGGGCAGAACUCGGACGAGGGGGGCCGCAAGGACUCAGUUAAUUGAUUCUUUAUCUGUCAGACUGAAGGCCAUGGAGGAGAGGCUAAGCGGCCCGAGUGAUGUGCCAGUGGUAGUUUUGGACGAGGCAGCAAUUCCGGGGGCAUUGCAGCAGGAGGAGUCUUCGGCGGCGGUGGAGAUGUCAGCUGUUGCUCAGCCGGGUGAGCCUGGAUCUGUUGCACCACACGGCAGUACCGGCCAGUGGCCGUGGUUUCCCUGGCCGAUACCAGCCGCUGGGGGUUGGGGCCCUGCCCCCUGGGGGGUCACACAUACAUACCCAGGUGGGUUGGUGGGUCCUUUGCCAGGGGUGGGGCCGAGUACGCAAGGGGUGGCUGAGCAGGUGUGGCAAGGGGUCGUGCCUGCUUCCAGUGGACCUGGGUUGCCACCCAUGCAGGGUGCAGGUUGGUAUCCUAGGGGGGUUAUGCCUACACCUCAGCAUUCUCCGUAUGGGGCAGUGGGGUUGCCUUUGGGGGAUCACCUUUUACUGGCCACUAAGGAGAAGAUUUUGAAAGGGGAAUACGUUGACAUAUUCUCCUUGUUAUUUAGGGAACCCGAGGUAAAGCAUAAGGAGGGUGAGUUGUGUAAAGACCACGCUGUGACGAAGCGUAAGCCAGUUGAGAAAUCCUGGAAUAACUGGCUUUCGGGUUUUACGAUUUAUAUGGGGGUGGUCAUUCUGGCACAGCCGGCCAGAGCCCUGGCGUUAGUUAAGUAUAUGGACAUUAUCCAUCGGGCUGUGUCGGACUUUGCUGGCAGUGCUUGGGUCCGAUAUGAUGAGAAUUUUAGGAUGCGAGCCGCUUUGGAUCCAUCCCUGCCAUGGGAUGCGCCUCAUUUGGAGCUGUGGGUUCUCAUCAAGUCGCCGACGCGACCAGUGGACGGUGAGAGAUCGGACAGCGGGCAUCUGUUAUCCAAGGCAGCGGCACUGUCUUUUCCUGCUGUUGCGGGCCAGCCAUGGGUUCAACCCCAGUCGGUUUGCUGGGAGUAUAAUCGCAGUGACCGCUGUGGAAGACAGGUCUGUAAGUUUAGACACGUGUGUAGCAUCUGUGGUGCCAAGCACCCGAGCUCUUCGUGCCCCAGGGCUCGUGGCUUCGGGGCAGGAUCUAAGCCAAGGUUCGAUGGGGGCAAGAAGGGGGGCCCUCCCGCACACCCUUCGGGUAAAGGGGCCCAGCCCAGUUAGACUGGACGUUUUGGAGCAGCUGUUAAUAGGCUACCCUAAUCGGGAGGCCGCUGCCUUGUUGAGUUCAGGGUUUAAAGAAGGUUUUAGGAUUCCAACGUUAUCUCAUAGGGUGGCCUUUAUGGCCGAUAACCUUAAAUCGGUUAAAGGGAUGGAGGUGGUAGUGGCCAGGAAGAUAGGUAAGGAGGCGGCUGCCGGGAGGGUGGCUGGGCCUUUCAAUCUUCCCCCCUUUGACAAUUUGAGGGUUUCCCCGUUGGGAGUUGUCCCGAAGAAGGCUCCAGGCGAGUACCGCCGCAUACAUCACCUGUCCUUUUUGGGUAUCGAGUUGGAUACGGUGGUUGGGUGUUCGCAUCUCCCGUUGGAGAAGUUGACGACGCUGCGGGGUCUUAUUGGGGCCAUGCAGGUGGCGCGAAAGGUUUCCCUUAAGGAGCUGCAGGUGGUGGUAGGUCAUUUGAAUUUCGCCUGCAGGGUGGUGGUACCCGGGAGGGCAUUUUUGAGGCGCCUUUGCGACCUGAUGUCCGGUUUGCGGGCUCCUCACCAUAGGGUAAGGCUUACGGAGGGGGUUAAGGCAGACUUGGCAGUAUGGGGCACGUUUUUGGAGCAAUUUAAUGGUGUUUCAUUCUGGAGGGCAGAGCAGCUAGUUGAGGCAGAGCUGCAGGUCCAUUCGGACGCGGCUGGGGGAGCGGGGUUUGGCGUUUAUUUUCGUGGGCGCUGGUGUUAUGGGUGUUGGCCGGUUGGUUGGGAGAGGGCCGGUAUCACUAGGGACCUUACCUUUUUGGAACUGUUCCCCAUUGUGGUGGCAGUGCACCUUUGGGCUGGGGAGUUCUCUAACUCCACAGUUCAGUUUUGGUGCGACAAUCAGGCAGUAGUGCAGGUUGUCAAUUCACAGACGUCACGGUCCCCUCGGGUCAUGGGCUUGGUUAGAGCUUUUGUUUUGCAGUGUUUACGUGCCAACAUUUUAUUUGUGGCACGACAUGUUCCAGGGCUUCAGAAUGACAUCGCUGAUGCCCUGUCUCGGUUUCAGUUGGACAGGUUUCGGGAACUGGCGCCAGAGGCUAUGCGGGACCCGGAGGUCAUGCCGGAAGCCCUAUGGAGGCUUGGCGCGUAGCUGCGUGGCAGGCCAUCGAUGCCUCCUUGGCGCCCAGUACCAGGGUGCUGGCGGGGCAGCGGCUCCGGUGAGAGGUGCUGGCGGGGCGGCGGCUCCUGUGAGAGUACUCCUGUGUGGCCAUUCCUUGGUGUUUUGGGCAUACAAGAGGGCCAGCGCCUCACGUUUUGGGACCCAACUCGGUCUGGGACAGCAGUCCAGAGUGUCUUGGUUGGGUAUGCGGGGGAUGCUUUGGGGACAGUUACUCCCAACUCUGUUAGAUUAUGUUGAUAGGUGUUCCUGUCCGGAUAUUUUGGUCGUGCAUUUGGGUGAGAAUGACUUGGGCAAGUGAUCAGGUCUCUCCAUCAUUCAACAAGCCUCUUCUGAUUUUGGGUCCUUGCGGGAUAGAUUUCCAGGGAUGAGGAUUGUGUGGGUCGAGUGGCUCCAGCGCAGAGUUUGGCGCGGGGUGCACUCUCUAAGGGGGGUUGAACGAGCUCGACGUAAGGCGUCUAAGGCUAUUGGCCGGCUCGUUCUUGAGGAUGGGGGCUGGGUGUUGGCACAGCCCAGCCUGUCGGCUUCAUUGCCGCACUUGUUUAGGCCUGACGGGGUCCACCUGUCUGUUCAGGGCUGCGAUUUGUACCUAUCCAAUAUUCAGAGGGGGCUUGGGGAAGUUGUUGGGGAGUGGUGGGGCAGGAAGGCCAAGCUAGGCUGACCUCCCUGUGUGGCAGGGACAGUGAGGGUUUUGGUGGGAAAUAGUUGGGUUUAACUUCGGUGAGCACCCUUGGGACGAGUUAAUUGGUGAUUGGUCAGUCGCUCCCUUGUGGCUUGUGCGGCCCAGGGAGGACGACUUGCCAUGAACCGGCUUCAGGACUUUGCAGAUCCUUGGGCUGCGCGGUCCGGGGUGUGCAAAGCCUAGAAGGUUCCAGACCCUCGAUUGGGGGUUGGUUGAAAGGAGACGGAUCAGGACAGUGCCUGAUGCUCUCCUGAGCCAGGGUGUGUCGCCCAAGCAUGGUCAGGGGUGGACUCGGGGUACAAACCUGGCCAAUACUAGGCCCCGCACUGUCUGGGUGGUUGAACAUGACUGUCAAGUUCGCUUGCUCACAGUUGAUUCUUGUAAUAAAGUUAUGACCAAUUCACCCAACAAAUUGUGUCGGUGUCGUCUUUGCCUGGGGUCUGGGGACAAUGCCCCUCCUCUGGCCCGUUGCCUGGGGAGGGCGAUUUGUCCCAGCCCCGGCAACAGGCAAGGAAGACGCCUGAUUGGUUCUCGGGCCGGAGGGGCGGGGCUUGACGGCCGUUAUCAGCGUCUCCCCGCCCUUCCUUUUCAGUUCGGCCCGAGUUUUUUCCCACCCUCCCACCCUGGUAGCAGAGCAGGCCUAGUGGCUGGUCGCCCUGUUGGGGGCCGAGUAGGAAUUUUUUGCUUCCAACAGAUUGGCAUUGGUUGGGUUUUUUUCCGCCUACUCUGUUCUGUUGCGUUAAGGGUGCAGUUAUUUAGGCAGGUCAUGACGGGCAGGGACAGUGCGGGUUUUGGUGGGAAAUAGUUGGGUUUAACUUCGGUGAGCACCCUUGGGACGAGUUAAUUGGUGAUUGGUCAGUCGCUCCCUUGUGGCUUGUGCGGCCCAGGGAGGACGACUUGCCAAGAACCGGCUUCAGGACUUUGCAGAUCCUUGGGCUGCGCAGUCCGGGGUGUGCAAAGCCUAGAAGGUUCCAGACCCUCGAUUGGGGGUUGGUUGAAAGGAGACGGAUCAGGACAGUGCCUGAUGCUCUCCUGAGCCAGGGUGUGUCGCCCAAGCAUGGUCAGGGGUGGACUCGGGGUCCAAACCUGGCCAAUGCUAGGCCCCGCACUGUCUGGGUGGUUGAACAUGACUGUCAAGUUCGCUUGCUCACAGUUGAUUCUUGUAAUAAAGUUAUGACCAAUUCACCCAACAAAUUGUGUCGGUGUCGUCUUUGCCUGGG